AUUGCAUGUCUCUAAAACAUUCUCAUUGGUGCAUUUCAUGUUAAGACAGGAAACAAUUGAUCACAAACAACAAUACAAUUUUAAUAAUUAAUUUGAAAUAAUAUUGUAACUACAAUUGUUGAUUUAUUGAAAGCAGGAUUAAAAUACAAAUGGCUUCUACUUCAAGUGACAAAAUACAGGUCAUUGAAUGCAUGAUUUGUAAAAAUCAGUAUCCAAAUCAACAACUAUUCAAAGACCAUCUGAAGAACAAUCCUGCUUGCAACAAAUUAACAUGUGACGUGUGUCUAAAACAAUAUAAGCUCUUUGAUAGUUUGAACUAUCACAAGCGGACUCAUUGGAGUGAAAAGCCAUUUAAAUGUGAUGAAUGUGAAUAUUCUACUAUAACCAUAUCAUUAUUGAACAGACACAAAAGAAAACAUUCAUCGGAACAAUUUUAUAAGUGCAAUUAUUGCGAUUAUUCUACUCCAUGGAGAGACAGUUUGGACGGUCACCUUUUUCUGACACAUUAUACAGAGUUAUCUUCUACUGAUGAACUUCCACCGAGGUAUAGAGAUUUGAAAAAAUAUGAAUGCGAGUUGUGCCAGAAAGGAUUUCGAUCAAAAUACGCUUUAGAAAUACACAAGAGACAACACAAAAGAGAACGUCCAUUCCAGUGUGAUGAAUGCUGGAGAAGUUAUGCAGUUAAGUCAAAUUUAAAAAGACACAUGCGAUGGAAACAUUCAACACAAGCGAAAUUUACAUCUCAGCCAUCUCGAAGAGAAGACUCGACCCAUAGUAUUGCAACCUCUGGACAGCAUAUUUCACAAUCCCUGACUCACUCUCCUGUUGAAGUCUCUUCAACAAAAGUAACUCACGAGGAACAUGUUAAAGACAAUAAUGGACAGAAAACUAGUGAUAGGGAGAAAAUUACUCGUUCUUCUGAGACAUUAUGUCAAUGUGAUCAAUGUUCCUUCAGUACAAACUCGAAGAAAAAGUGGUUACAGCACAAGAACAGUCACACUGAUAACACUCCAUCCACUGCAAUGGAAAUUGAAGAAACAGAAGUUCCAGAAAUAUUGACAGCAGUUGAUCUGAUUAGCAGAAGCAGAUUGGAAAUGUUGAAGGAGGAAAAGAAAUUCUUAAAUUUGGAUAAACCAUCGACUUCCAAAUAAACUUUACAAUAAAAAUGUACUUUUGUUUCCUGCACAAUUUACAUAUUUUCAAAAUAUAGUAUCAAAUUAAGUAAAAUUUUUAAAUUUUCGAAAAAAAAUUGAUGAAA